AUGCGAGGCUUCAGGCUUCAGGUCAAAGUCACACUUAAAGCGUCUGUCGUAUCCAUGGCAACGCCGACAGGUACUAACACCGCUCUCUGUGACUGGUUGAAGACGAGGGCAUCUCAUGAUCUCAGGAGGCUUCAGUCACUGCUCGCUAAGAGCAGCUCCAGACAAGAGGUGACCGGAGCCAGCAGCGGAGCCAGCAGCGGAGCCAGCAGGUCCCAAAGCCUCCAUCCUCAAAAACACGCCAGAACACACACGAGCGAGAGCGACAUCAGCUGCGAAGCGUCUGAGCUGGAGAAAUUCAGCGUAACCUACAGAGACCAAAGAUGUUUCAGCAGCCACCCGCUACACAAACUCUUCUCUGACAUCCUCACUUCUCUGGUCAGGAACCGACUCUGCAGUGAAUGGAUUGACCGAGCACCGCCUGAAUCAGCCCUUAGAGUUCUGAUCUGCCUUCGAUUGUUGAUCAGAGAUCCCCACCAUCAGAAAAUCCUCCAUCAGCUCCAAGGCAUUACUUUACUUGCCAAGUACAUGCAGUCUGUUACUGCCGGGUACAUAUCUCAUGGUGAACAGGCGCUUGCUGUGCAGAAGCUAGUCACGAUGACCUACACGUUUCAGAAGCUGUCUGCUGUAGAGAAUCAAAGGGUCUGGGUCAUCGAGAGUGGCGCUCACAGGACUCUGGUGAAGCUCUUAUCAACCACAGAUAGCAGCGUGCUGCUGGGAGCCCUGCUGGCACUCACCACCUUGGCUGAGAGUCCAGAAUGUAAGGAGGAGAUUGGGGAGCCACCGAUAGUCGAGAAGCUUCUAGUAAUACUUCAGGAAUAUGACCUGCUGUCAAAGAGGAUGAGCGCGGAGCUGCUGAGGCUCCUGUCCCCGGUGCGUGGGGUCAGGGUCCAGGUGAGGGAGCUGGAGGGUCUGCCAGUGCUGCUGAGCCUCCUGCAUGGCCAGCACCUGAAGCUGCUGUGGAGUAUCACAUGGGUCCAGCUCUGCGAGGAUCCAGACACCAGAACCGAGAUCCGGAGCUGGGGCGGGGUGCAGCCGCUGCUCAGGCUGCUCAGCAGUGACAGGCAGUAUGUUUCUGACCGAUCGUCCAUCGAGACGCUCUCCAGCGCCAACGCGGCCGGCCGCAUCCAGAGAGAGCACAUCAGAGAGGAGCUCAGUCUGCAGGAGGAGGUGGACAACACUAUGGCCCUGCAGUCAGCCUGCUGCACAGCUCUGACUGAGCUUAGUCUGGAUGACACAUCUGCUCACCACAUUGUGCAAGAAAAUGGGGUCUAUAUAAUAGCAAAGUUGAUAUUGCCACAAAACUCAGGACCAAAUGUCACAUCACUACAGUGUUAUGCAUUUCGAGCCCUCCGGUUUCUCUUCAGUGUGGAAAGAAACCGACAUCUGUUUAAGAGACUCUUUCCCACAGACCUCUUUGAGUUGUUUAUUGAUGUUGGCCACUAUGUGCGGGACCUCACGGCCUACGAGGGACUUCAGACCAAAGUUUCACUCUACACAGAAGAGGAAGUGGACAGCCUUGGGGAGAGUAUUGAGGCUGUGAAUCAGAACCGGCCCGCUCUCAAAGUGAUCAACGGAUACUCAGUACUCGACCAUCUCGGCACCGGGGCCUUCGGAAGCGUCUUCAAGGUCCGAAAGCAGAGCGGCCAGUAUCUUCUGGCUCUGAAGGAAGUGAACCUCCACAACCCGGUCUUUGGCAAAGACAAGAAGUCCAGAGACAGUAACGUGGAGAAGAUCAUCUCUGAGCUCACGAUCAUCAAAGAACAGAUGACGCACCCGAAUAUUGUUAAAUAUUACAAGACAUUUUUAGAAGGUGACAAGCUGUACAUCGUGAUGGAGCUGAUCGAGGGAGUUCCUCUGGCGGAACAUUUUAACUCUCUGAAGGAGAAGCAGCAGCAGUUCACCGAGGACAGAUUAUGGAAUAUAUUCAUUCAGAUGUGUCUGGCUCUGAGAUACCUUCACAAGGAGAAGAGAAUCGUUCACCGCGACCUCACACCGAACAACAUCAUGCUGGGAGAGAAAGACAAAGUCACCAUCACUGACUUCGGUUUAGCGAAGCAGAAGCAGGAGAACAGCAAGCUCACGUCGGUGGUCGGCACCAUCCUUUACUCCUGUCCGGAGAUUGUGAAGAACGAGCCGUACGGAGAGAAAGCCGACGUCUGGGCUUUGGGCUGUAUCCUCUAUCAGAUGACCACGUUACAGCCUCCGUUUUACAGCAGCAACAUGUUGUCACUGGCCAACAAGAUUGUCGAGGCCGUCUAUGAGCCGAUUGAAGGAGGAGCUUUUUCAGAGAGAGUCGUAGACAUGAUCAGAUGGUGUUUGAGUCCAGAUUCAGACGAGCGGCCGGACAUCGUGGCCGUCAGCUCCCGGAUAUCUGACCUCAUGAUGAGGCUGAUGGAUGGCCUCUACACUUCCCAGAAUGCAUUAGAGAGGAGAGCAGAGAGAGACAGGAAACGAGCGCAGAAGUACUUCCUGGAAAGACACAAAGACAGGACGGACUGCUGUUACUCAGUCCUCUCUCGGGAAAAGUCCUUAAUGAAGACAGACUCUCCGGCUCCACACUGUUCUGCAGCCUACAAGCAGGAUAUUAGUCAAGUGUCAGCAGGGAUCUGCGUCUCCCAGAAGAAGCUUCGGCAGAUUGACGAUCCCAUCCAGAGGCUCCUCGUACAGCUGCACAAAAUCAUAUACGUCACUCAACUUCCACCGGCUCCGCACCACAGCAUCAAAAGACGGGUCAUUGAAAGAUUUAAAAAGUCGCUCUUCCACUACGACAGCGACCCACACAACCUGAAAGUGGAGCUCAGCAAGCUCUUACAGGCGUCUCCAGAGCUGAUGGAGUUGGGCUCAACCAGUUCAGACUGGUGGUCGGUGGUCCACCACUUCACAGGAGACCCCUACGCUGCAGACAGCUCAGAUGAUGGGAAUCUCAAAGAUGGACUCACUUAUGAACAGAUGCAGGGAAUCAUAGAAGAGCUGCUGGAGGAGAGCAGCUACUAUGAAGCAACACACAGCAGGAACGCAGAGAAAAGGAACUACCAAAAAAGAAGUGACCAUCGUCCGUAUUCAUCGUCAUGA